UCCCGAGGGUCGGACGGAUUAAAGAUGGCGCCCUCUCAAGCAGUAAGAUGCUGUCAACGGGGUUUAUCCUGGAUACCUGUCAUUUUUAUCAACCUGAUCGUGGGCUGGUCCUACUACGCUUACGUGAUGGAGCUCUGUAUAUAUACAAUCACUAACACUGAGGAACAAGUUAUUUAUUUGAUAGUGUUUCACAUCUUCUUCUUUAUCUUCAUGUGGUCCUACUGGAAGGCCAUCAUUUCCAAGCCUAUUGGCCCCUCCAAAGAGUUCUGUCUCCCUAAGGCAGAAAAAGAGCUGUAUGAGAAGGAGGAGAGACCAGAGGGUCAGCAGGAAAUCCUGAAAAGAGUGGCCCGAGAUCUGCCUGUAUAUACACGCACAGGCUCUGGAGCUAUCCGUUAUUGUGACAGAUGUCAGCUGAUUAAACCAGACAGAUGCCAUCACUGCUCCACCUGCGACAAAUGUGUCCUGAAAAUGGAUCACCAUUGUCCCUGGGUUAAUAACUGUGUCGGAUUCUCCAACUAUAAGUUCUUUGUGCUGUUUCUGGCGUACUCCAUGCUGUACUGCAUCUACAUCUCCGCCACUGUUUUGCAGUACUUUAUCAAGUUUUGGACACUUUGCAGACGGAGGGCUUUAGAGCAAUGCCCAGAGAAUCAGCUGCCGAACACUCAGGCAAAGUUCCACGUGUUGUUCCUCUUUUUUGUGGCGGCCAUGUUUUUCAUCAGCGUCCUGUCACUGUUCAGCUAUCACCUCUGGCUCGUGGCAAAAAACAGAACCACUAUAGAGGCUUUUAGGGCGCCAGUGUUCAGAAAUGGCCCGGAUAAAAACGGUUUCACUUUGGGCUGUCGCAAGAAUAUUACCCAGGUGUUUGGAGACCAGAAGAAAUACUGGUGCUUACCAAUUUACAGCAGUUUGGGAGAUGGCUACACAUUCCCCACUCGACUAGUCAACACUGACUCAGAACAAGGCAAUGUUGAACAUCAAUCCAUUAAAUGCGCAGUUGAUGGACAGACAAACCCCAGACCUCUGAGUGAGUCACAGAAUCAUCUCCUAGGAAACGAUAUGCACUCUGAAGAGUCCAAAGACGGCAGUCGUGCAAACAUCGAGGGAUGUCAUGCUGUUUCCGUUACCAUGGAGAACGAGUCCUAGUCAGGACCUUCCAGUGAUGCGCAUUUGGUUUUCCUCUGAAGGAUGCACUUGUUUGAAGACCUCAUGUGAUAGCCUUAAGAUCAGCAGCAUUAUCUCAUCUGUAUGGAAUUGACCUGCAGCGUGGGUGCUGUAUUUCAACCACAUUAAUAUCAGCACAGACUUUCAGGUUGUUUGCACCAAACAUUGACUGGAUUUGAACGACUUAUCAACUUUUUCAUCAGUGCUUAUUUCAUGAUAGGUAAUAGUUAGACAUGUUUUCUCUGGACACACACAUAUUUUUGACCAAAAACCUUAAGUUCGUUUUCAGGUUUUUGUUGUGUAUUAUAUUUGUUAUUUAUUGUUCAUUAACCUCUUAAACUACUCAAAAAAAAGUUAAACAUGGUAAUGUGGUGACUUUUUGUCACCAGGGAUUUUUGAGGAAAGAUUGGGAAGUAACAUGUAAUGCAGUAUUUGAUUCGAAUGUAUUAAUCCAAAGUAACAGAGUUAUGUUUACUACAUGCAGUAGCAGCGUCCUGGGUAACUGAUGAAUAGUAAUGUUAGUCAACAACUUCUUUGGAGCCCAUCGAAUGCAUUCACUAGACCUAGAUAGAAAUAGUCUUUAUUGUAUUUAUUGAUAUUGAAUGGACCAGUUUAACAUUCGCUUCACCCUUUCAUCAACACUAAUUUCUUUUUUCUUUUUAAAAGACUUAUUUUUUUCUGACCGUCAGCAUCCCUAUCAGCAUUUUACUCUAAGCUUUGUUUGGCAGCUGGUGUGAAAUGUGACGCUGAAAUCUCAGGCCAAGAAACAAGAAGUGCUUUCUGUUGUCACCUAUGAAGCAAUAGUUUCCUAUGUGUAACACUAGCUGAGCGAGUUUAUUUCACAUAAUUGUGUGUUUUCGGUGUAAAUUUGUGCUGUUAUAGUCCCCAAAGUGGGAGGAGUCUGUUGUGGUCUCUUUACAACUGCACUCUGCUGGUUUUAUUUUUUGGGAUAUUGACCUCACGUUUGUUAUAGAAACUCUAUCCUGAACUGAAAAAUGCACAUUUCUGCUUUGUGAUGAUGAUGAUGAUGAUGAGGAUUAACAAAACCAGGUUGUUUUGUCCUGCCAUUUCAGGUCUUAUGUUAAUUAAGUUUUUAUAUGUUAUAGUUAAUUUUGAUUCUAUUGCACAGCAUACAUUUUUUAUUUAUUGCAUGUUCAUGUGAAAAAUAUUGGAAAGUGAUUUGCCAAUUGAUAUAGCUUACAUCAGCAUUUUACAGAACCAAGCUGAUGUAACCAUAGCAACAUUAUUGUACCUAAAUCUGUGGUUUAAAAUACUAAUCAGAUGCGUCAUCGCAUUUUAUUAUGAACGUUUUUGGAUACGUUUUUAAAGGAAAACACCACUGUUUUUCACUAUUUUACUAUGUUCUUACCACAACUUAGACAAAUCAAUAUAUACCUUUAUUUUUUCAAUGUGUGCACUUUUAAUCUUUGCACAGCGCCUCGUGAAUGUGUUAGCAUUUAGCCUAGCCCCAUUCAUUCCUUAGGAUCCAAACAGGGAUGAAUUUAGAAGCCACCAACAAAACUUUUGUUUGGAGCCAUAGGAAUGAAUGGGGCUAGGCUUAAUGCUAACACAUUCACGAGGCGCUGUACAAAGAUUAAAAGUGCAUGCAUUUAAACAAGGUAGGUAGGUAUGUAUGUAUGUAUUUAUUCAUCUAAGUUGAGGUAAGAUCAUAGUAAAAUAUUGAAAAAACGAUAGCGUAUUCCUUUUAAGGGGAGAAUUAUGCCAAAAACUGAUAUUUACUCUUUAAUCUAUAGUUUAAUCCUAAACGAAUGCAUAAUAUUACUGGAAUCAUAUAUAGGACCAUUUUAAUUUUUGCCCGAUUUUGUUAUAUUUACAAGCUUGUACAGAAUUUUCUCUGCUUUUUUGUACUCGCCUCCAGGCCGGUUCGGUUCAUGAUGUUAUAUUUAAAGAUGUUUCUGAAGUCUGAACAGUUUGCACAAAUUUUACAAAUCUAACUAAUAUUAAUGUUUGUAUUAUCUAAAAUAAUCAAGUGUUCAGUGUAUGCAUUGUAAAACACAAUUUUGGAACAUUGUAUGAUUCAUUUCUACAUGAUUGAAAUUAAAGUAAAAACAUAUUGAAUACAAAUGCA